GGUCGGCACGCAAGGAGACAUCAUCGUUAAGACGUAUUGGCGUUGUCAUCGCACCUCACUUCAAUAACAGACAGCCUGGAACACAGUUGAAGAACCAUAACGACGACUCGUGUGUGGGCUUGAAAUUCUCACAGCUACCCUUUAAUCUAGGACAUUCAAAAUCAAGUUCCACGGGAUGCGUGGCGUCUUUUGGUCGCUAUAUUUUGCCAUGGCUCUUGUCUACCCAGCCUCAUCCAGUCAUCCUUGCAUGGGUCGAAAUUACACACGAAUGAAACUGUUGUGCGUGCAAGCCCUUCAGCAGAAGAUCCAGUCCUCUGAAGGAUCUCUCCUCAAUAAUUGCCAGGAUUUCGCCGAAUUUGCCCAGUGUGUCAGCGAGAGUGCUAGGCAAUCGCGUUGCAGCUACUCCUUCUUUCAACGAGAUUCCGUGGUUGAGGACCUUCGCAAGAACUUCUUUUCCUUGUGCCCCAAACAGUCAGACCAGUUCGCCGUCAAUUCAGUACACUGCAACGUCUCACAUGCAGCUCAGAUGGUCUUGAAAUGUGGAACUACAUUUUUCGGCUAUGUCUUCACAUCGGAAAAUUCUUCAUCGUUAAGAGACGUAACGUCUGUCUGCCCGCACGUGGAUGAUUACCUGAAGUGCACAUCAGAGGGCUCACAGUCCGCGAAAUGUUCGCCCAAGUCGCUUGAAUUGCUCCACUUGAAUUAUGUGUCGAACAAGAUCGUUGGAAGGUACUUGGCGUUAUGCAGAGCUCUACGAAACACAGCCCACCAGGUCAAGACGACUGCUUGCAAUCAAAAGCGGUUCAUCAACGACAUCUUCUUGUGCGGUUACCACUUUUCCAACAUCGUCGACGUCUUGGAUUCGAAUGGCGCAAAUGUAUGUCCGUACUACAUGAAAUACCAGGCGUGCCACAAUGUGUCUAUUGAAACCUAUGGAUGUGCUCCACCUGAUCCUCUCUAUGCAGACGCUUCUGCUUUCUUUAGCUACUUGACCAGUAGUUACAGUGGCACGUGUCCAACCAGCAACAACACAGCUAGACAAGUAAUCGCGAGGGUGGUAAUGGGAGAAGAGGAACGAACCUGCGAUGCAAAUAAAUUCAUUCGACAUUUCCUCCACUGUGCAGCAACGUUCAUCAAUGCCACCGAUUACCCAUCCAUGGGAAAAGAGCAUGUGUGCAGGCUUGUCAACGUUUACCGCCAUUGUGUGAGCGGAGCAAGGCACGUUACUCAUUGCAACAGACGAAUGGCACUCAACGGUCACCUCGCCUACAUGCAGAAUUACGUCGUCCAAGAAUUUGAUACAAAAUGCGCCAAGAAACGAGCUGGUGCGCAGUUUUCUCUACAACGAAUGGAUCCAGGAAAAAACUGCGACGCGGACAAAGCGCAGAAGAAGUAUGAGUUCUGUGCUGGUGACUUCAUGCGCAUGAUUCAACUGGUAGAAAUAGGGUUCGACAAUGAGAAGAUCUGCCAGCUCAGGGACAAGUACCACGACUGCUUGAUGGAGGCGUCGCGUGAAAAUCAUUGCGACUACAAUGAAUUAGCUGUAGGAAGAAUGCGAACUCUGACUGCUCUUCUCAAGCGAGAUUACAGCAUCGACUGCAACAAGAUCGGCAGCCUUGGUCGUGGUGGUGUAGUCCAACAUGGUGGAAUGCAUGGAAGGGCGAGGCAUCAAUCUUGCCGGGAAAGAGGCUUUCUAUUGGCGAUAGAACGGUGCGACCACGUUUUCGAGGAUGACUCGAUUCUGCUGAAGGAGAACGUCAUCAAGUCACUAAGCAAGCAGAGCACAUUCAUUGCCAGAGCUAAGGAUAUGAUUUGCCUGCACGUCAGAGACUACCACAAGUGCUUAGUGGAUACAUCGGUAAUAUUCCACUGCUACGAUGCUGCAACGCAAGUUGCCGGGUUCUUCAAGGAGAAACUUCAUAGGCUGGGCAUCAACUAUUGCGACUCAGCUGACCACUCCUCGGCUCUCAAUUUGCUUCUUCUGUUACUCGGCCUGCUGGGGAAUAUCGCACUGUUGCUAUGGCACUAAUAAAAGUGAUAUAUAAAUGCUGCCAGGUAUAGCAGC